AUGGACGACACUUACAACAACCCAACCGGGGCGCCAGAUAAUGCUCAGUCCAUGACUGGCAUGGAUGCCGCAGCGGAUGCCAACCGCCCCCCAGCCAUGCUUCAGGAUUCGCCUGUGAAGAAGGUUGAAGACACCGCUGGAUCUGACGACCCGCUAGACGCCCCCGCAUCCCCGAAACCCCAGAACGGCGGAUCUGAACCCCAAGACGCCGAGAUGGGUGGCACCGAGACCGAUGCCAAGCUUGACACCGAAGGAUUGGAGGAUGCAGUGGGCGAAUCGCACCCGCCAGUUGAAGGAACCGAGGGGCUUGAAGAUGCCGUGGGAGAAGAGCAACCUGCACCCACCAAAUCGUCUCUGGAAGCCGCCGCGCGCGAACAGCUCGUCACUCAAACACACGCCAUUAUCCUUCCCAGCUACGCCACAUGGUUCGACAUGAACACUAUUAAUCACAUUGAAAAGAAAGCUCUUGCCGAGUUCUUCAACGGUCGCAACCGCAGCAAGACGCCUGCUACCUAUAAAGAUUACCGUGACUUCAUGAUCAACACCUACCGACUCAACCCCAUCGAGUAUUUGACCGUUACUGCCUGCCGUCGUAACCUCGCGGGUGAUGUGUGCGCUAUUAUGCGUGUUCACUCAUUCCUUGAGCAGUGGGGUUUGAUCAACUACCAGGUUGACCCUCAGACACGGCCUUCAAACAUUGGCCCACCUUUCACCGGCCACUUCCGAGUCGUUGCCGAUACCCCCCGCGGCUUGCAGCCAUUCCAACCUGGACCUAACCACAGCGUGACAUCUGGAAAAGCCCUCCCCGCCACCCAGCGUGCUGCCUCCUCUACCCCUGCACUCAAGGACGAUCUCAACCUCGAACUCCGCCGCGGCAUCUACGAUGAAAAGAUCAAAGACACUAGCGACAAGGAGAAGCAGACAAAUGGCGAAUCCAACGGUGUGGAUGUUGCCCAGGAACCCAAGAAGAGAUCACACUGCUUCUCUUGCGGUAUUGAUUGCACGAAACUUCGGUUCCACUACGCUAAGUCGACUGCGACGUCAGCCAAUGCCAGUGUGCCAGAUACCAAGUAUGACUUGUGUCCCAACUGCUUCCUGCAAGGAAGAAUGCCUUCCAGCCAUAACGCUUCGGACUUCGUCAAGCUUGAGGACAAGUCCCACUCUCACGUCCCUGACAAGGACACCCCAUGGUCAGACUCGGAACUGGUCUUGUUGCUGGAGGGCCUGGAGAAUUUUGACGAGAACUGGGAACAAAUUGCGAGCCAUGUUGGUACCCGGACUCGGGAAGAGUGUGUCAUGAAGUUCUUGCAAUUGGAGAUUGAGGACAAAUACAUUGAAGACACUCCCGAUCUGCGCUCUGGAAGCGGACGUGACCCCAUCAGCCAGUCCGAGAACCCGGUGCUUUCUGUGGUGGCCUUCCUGGCCCAGAUGGCAGAGCCCUCAGUGGCUGCCGCCGCGGCUGGCCGUUCCGUCGACGAAAUUCGCAAGGAGCUGCGUGCCCAACUGGAGAAGGGAUCCGACAAAGGAAAGGGUUCAGUCAAGGCAGAGGACUCCAUGGACGUGGAUCCUGAGGCUGAGCAGCAAGUUUCUGAGAAGCCCAAGGAGUCACUCGGCACCAUCGCUCUGGCCGCGUCUGCCGCCCGCGCCGGAGCUCUUGCCUCCCAUGAGGAGCGCGAGAUGACUCGUCUAGUCUCUGCUGCCGUCAACGUGACCCUGCAGAAGUUUGAGGUGAAGCUCCAGCAGUUCAACGAGAUGGAAGAGAUCAUCGAAGCUGAGCGCCGGGAGCUUGAACAAGCUCGCCAGCAGCUCUUCCUGGACCGGAUGACUUUCAAAAAGCGCGUCAAGGAGGCCCAGGAUGCUCUCCAGACCGUCAGCCUGCAGGGCCCCAAUGAACACACUAACUCCAUGUUGGCCGAUGCCGCUACCACUGGCCUCGGGCAUCACUACAGCUUCCAACCUGUGGGUGGAGACAUGCGAGUUGGAGCCCAGCCUCUGAGCGCUCAGGCUGGUGCCGACUACAAGACGCUUGAUCUGUAG